UAGGCACUCCGACUACUGUGGGCGGGCCUAGACGAAAGGAACCCGGAAGCCCCAUGUGUCCGAGGGUGGGCGGCGAGGGCCCCGGGACCCGGCUGGGGUCCAGUAUGUCUGCCCAUCGGAAGCACGUGUUUACUGAAAAAGUGCUGAAGAGACUUUUCCCUAAUGAUUCAAGAGGCCAAGAAAAGGAGACGCUUCAAACUCCUCAGGCUUUGGAGACACCAUCCAAGAUUGUGACCCCUGAAGCAGUACAGCACAGGCAGGCUCAUAGUCUGACAGAUGGUGACAUUAAGAUUCAGGCUGAGCGCCGGGUCUACACGGUGAGUUUGCCUCCUCAAGGGUAUAUCCCUUGUUUGCAAGAACAGACCAGCUGUGCCAGUCCCGAAAAUGCUUCCAGUGGUGGUGACACAGAAGAUCUGGAUCUUCAUGAUCAACCAAAAAGAAGAAGAAUUAGAAAGCGCAAAUCAAAGAAAAAAAUGAAAAACCCCAAUGAUGUUAUUCUAAAGCAAGCAGAAUUAGAGCAACAGCCAGGGCUCUUCCAAGAGAAAGUGCACCCCCAGCAUAUAGAUGCCCCCACAAUGAGCAAAAAUAAAAGAAAGAAGCUGAAAAAGAAGCUGCAGCUUAGGAGGAAGAAAGCAGCUGGCUUAGUCACGAAGGCCUCUGGGGUCACUUUCACGUACCAGCCCGAGAGCCCCGGGGAAGCAGGUGUGGAUGGUGCUUCAGGAGAAGAGUCAGGAGAUGAUCACGAGAGCGCAGCUGCAGACACCACCCAGGAAGACGCUGAACUCGCCAACAGCAAGGCAGACACCGUCUUGAGUUUUCUGAAGUCAACACAAGAAAUUUAUUUUUAUGAUGAUACGUCCAAAGACCUGGAUCCAGCUGUGUGCACAGAGAGCGCUGACGAGCUGCUUCACGCCCUGGAGUCUGGGCGCAUGCCUCCUGCAGAUGUGCUCCUUCUGGACCACAUGAAAUCCCUGCUGCUCCUGCAGGACAGGGAGAGGCUGGAGAGCGCCCUGAAGCUGUUCCCAGAGCACUGUCUGAUGCCUCCAGGGAAGGGCUCAGCACGUGCAAACACUAGCUAUGAAGUAUGGUGACUGGAGUUGAUGCUGAAACCCAAAGCUGCUGUGUGCGCACCUGUAAUCCCAGCACACCUUGCCAAGACAGGAGGCGGGAGUGGAAGGAUUUCCUGGAACUUCACCGGCCAGCUCGUCUGACAUGUGUGCAGCAGACGCAAGAGAGAGCCUGCCUCAGCAAGCGGAAGGCCAGAGCCUGCUCCUGAAAACCACUCUCUGACAUCCACACAUACAAACACACAUGCACAUGCAUGCACACACCAAAGUUAAAAUGUUUUUAAAUGCCUUAUGGGUAUCACAGGUUCUUUAUAGGUACCAAAAGUUUAGGUAGCUUGGCUAUAGAAGAAUUUAGUCUCUUCCUACUUACCUACAGUAGAAACAGUGGAGAGAAUCUGCUUUUCUUGUUUUCUCCUUCUUGGUGCUGUGAGGACAGCCACCAGCUUUUAAAUGGUGAGUUGUAAGAGUGUUAUCACUCGACCACACAGGUGCUGCGGGUGAUGUACUCAGCAGGAGUCAGUACUCACUCUAGCCAUGAAAAAAGUAACUUUAUUAUAUCAUAUAUUCAUAUGAUACAAUGGGAAUAAAAUAAAGUUCAUCAUCCAGUCAUUUUGGAGUGGUAGUGAGUCCUCACUGUCACCACUGUGAUUCUUCUCGAGUUCUGUGCCACUGUGCCUGGCUCAGUGUGAACGUUUAGAAAUGAAACGUUUAUUUGAGGUGUCCAGCUCACAGCUCGGGCUGCUUGCCCAGGGUAGCCAUGAAUAUAGCCAGACACAAAGUUACAGUUUUUUAAAACAGUAAGAACAUUUCUUUUCUUCCUUCUUUUUUUUUUUUUUUUUGUUACUGUUUUAUUUUUGUUUUGUUUUGUUUUGUUUUAGUUUUGCUGGGGUUUUUUAUUUGUUUGUUUGGUUUGGUUUUUCAAAAGUCCUGGCUGUCCUGGAACUCAGUCUGUAAACCAGGCUGGCCCUCUGCUGCCGGGAAUUAAAGGCGUGUGCUACCAUGCCAUGCAUAUGUAUAUAUACAUACAUACAUACAUAUAUAUAUAUAUAUAUAUAUAUAUAUAUAUAUAUUUAACUUGUCUGUUUAAGUAUAAACACUGUACAACAUGACAACAUUGUCACAGUGUCAGGCCAAAUAAACGUAUUGUGUUCUUGAUCCUCAGACACGUUAUGGCUCUGGUUUUACGGCGGCAUGCAGCUUCCUGUGUGCUGUGUUCCAAACAUAAGACGGUUAAUUAGAGCCACCCGCUAUUUCCUGUGCUCGUGGUGACUUGGUGAGAGCCAUGCAGCCAUUACAGUGGUGUUCUCACCAGUGGUGGCCGAUGGUAGGUGUUUGGAGUUAGAAGAUAGCUAAGUAUUCUUAUUUGCGUGAUAAAGGUAUUUCUGCCCUCAGCCAUGCCAGGUUAUCUGCCACACUUUUUAAGCAGCCCUCCCAUUUGCCCAAGCUUUGCUUUCUGUUUUCCUGUCAAUUAAUUAUCAUAAUAAAAUUAAAUGUUGUCCCUUACCCAUUAUUAUUCUGUUAAUCUCAGCAUGGCUUCUACAGUAUCUAAAACAAAACCCCAGGAAGGAAAAAUUACAGAUGAAAGAAGUUUGCUGAACAAAACGGAGACAGACGACUGCUUUUUUGUUGCUGUUGUUAAGGCAAAUAACAAGCACUGCUUCUUUUUGGGAGAUUUGUUCAGAUUGCCAGAGCGUAUCAUUGAGUGCUUGUCUGAUACAUGUUUGUGUGUGGUGCCCAUGGAAGCAGAAGAGAGCAUCGGCUCCCCCUGGAACUGGAGUUAUAAAUGGUUGUGAGCUGCUAUGUGGAUGCUGGGAAUCAAACUCAGGCCUGCCAGGGGUAAGAGAAACAACUGUGCUAACCAUUGAGCCAUUUGUCCAACCUCUUAACGAGCAUAUGUAAAAUUAUAACCCAAACAAAUUUUAUUGUAAAAGCUAGUUAUAUAGUCACAUCUUUAAUUGGGAAAAAAAAAAACACCAUUUUCUGAUAGUGACUUUGUUAGGUACUAUAGGGAAAUCUUAGCAGAUAUAAUGUGCACUGAAAAGGGGAGGGGAUACUUUCUAAAAUCAGCUUGCCUUACUAGACGAUAGCCAGGCAAACUGAAGAAAUGCAGAACUCUUUUGAGUAAAGUUUUGGAGAGUAAAGGAGUUAAAUUUAAAUUAGCUUUGGCAAUGGAUGACCAAACUAGGGCUGCCACUCAACUCGCCAUUUUUGCUAGAGGUACUGAUAAUUAAUCUAAUGUCAUUAAAGAAAUGGCUUCAUUUUAUUGUUGUUUUUGUUUUGGUUUGGUUUUCGAAGAAAUGGUUUCUUUAAUUGUUUCAAAGGGCACAGCUAAAUCAAGAGGUUUAUGUGAAGCAGUAAAACAUGUCCCUAGCACCCACAUGGAGGCUCACAGCCAUCAUAAUUUCAGUUCCAGAGGACUGGAUGCCUUCUUUAGGCCUUUACAUGCACCGGGCAUGUACAUGGUAUAUAUAAAUGCAUACAGGAAAAACAUGCACAUAUAAAGAGUUAAAGCAACAAUAACUAUGUAUAGUUAUUGUUGGUGUUUGGUGAUGACAGAUAAAAGAGAGAGAGACUUGUAAAACUAAUCAAAGAUGAUAUACUUUCUACCACAAAUCCCCCUUUAAUGAGCUAUCAUUAAUGAGGUAUGCCCAGGGUCAUUAAGAAUGGAUAACAUCAUGCAAAUCAUCAUCAAGACUGAAUUUCUUAAGAACCAAGGACUGGAGCUGGAGAGAUGGCUCAGUGGUUAAGAGCACUGUCUGCUCUUCCAAAGGGCCAGGGUUCAAUUCCCAGCACCCACAUGGCAGCUCACAACUGUCUAUAAUGCCCAUUCCAAGGGAUCUGAUACCUUCACACUAAUGCACAUAAAAUAAAGUUAAGUAAAAAUAAAAAAAAAAAACAAGAAUUAAGUCAUUGUUGAUUCUAGAAAUGCCUUAAAGUCAUUGAUGCUGACUGCCAAUACCACUUUUUGGAAGUAAGAAAAGUUGAGGCCAAACAUUAAAAGAUUUAUGACUUGUAACAUAUUAUCAAGUCUUUUAUGAUAUCAAAACAAAAUUUAUGCCAGAACUUGACCAUGAAAACGGGUUUACAGAUUUAGCAUUUUUAGUGGAUUUAACCAUUUGUUCAAAUGAAUGAAGCAUGUGUCAUCAAGAUGAAAACCAACUUAUCACUACAUUUCAAAUCAUGACAGCUUUCAAGUGAAACUGAAAUUAUGGCAAGCUCCAGUUAAGGCUAACAGUUCUAUGGAUUUUGAUACAUUGACUAAACAUAGUUCUUGGGGAAAAAAAAUGUAGCUUCAAUCUUUUGAUAUUCGAUUUUUAAAACAUUUCAUAUAGUCCAGCAAAAUAAAAUACCACUAUUUUUGGUAUAUUCAUUACUCUCUUCAGUUGACUUAAAUUAUCAAACAGAAUGCACAGUCUUGCCAUCAGCCAUUCAAAUUAAAGAAAAAAAUUCAAGACGAAGUGGCCUAGAACUCACUAUGUAGAACAUGCUGGCUCCAAUUCACAGAGAUCCAUCUGCCUCAACCUCCCCAGUGUGGAGAUUAAAGUCGUAUGCCACUAUGCCCAGCAAACUUUCUCUCUCUUUAUUAUAGGUUCCAUCCUCCCAGAAACAAAUAUCCCUUAUUUCACAAUCAUGCCCUUUUUUCAUGCCAUCCCGUUUAGGUUGUACCUACAUAUGUGAAAACUAUUUUCAAGAAUGGAACACACUUAGAGUAAAAUUGGGACAAAAUAUUUGAUGAACACCUUGAGAGUUCACUGAGAAUUGCAGCUUCAUCUACCAAGCAGAUACUGAUGCCUUUCUUUCUCAAAUAUUGGAUAUCCCACUUGUUUUAUAAUAAAUGAAUAAGUCAAUGAAGUUUUAUUAAUCAUACAUAUUUGUUUGUUUUUUAAUUUGGAAAGCAAACAUGGGACCUGCUUUCUUUACAGAAUGCUUCAUAAUUACUAUUAUGAUGUGGGGGUUUUAUCUGCAGUGGGAGAGAUUGUGAAAAAUAUACGCAGACCUCUUUUGUGCGCGUAAGUUCUUGUUAGUGUUUUGUGUGUUUAAUAUGUGCUUUAGGACACAUCACCCAUGUGGCACUGAGAAGUCAAAAGAUUGGACGCUCCUGAUUUACAUCACCUUGUUGAUGGGCAGCGCAUUCUAAUCCGUGGUCCCCCUUCACUUGAGUUUGCUCUGUGUACUCUUACUCCUUUAUAAAACCAAACGAGAUUGA